GCGCAGACCAGACAGAGCGGGACUCGGUGAGUGGAGACAGCCGGGGCAGGAGGGGUCGGGAACGGAGGACAUUCUCUAUCAGUCGGAUACUUCCACAUCAGCUUUCGUCCACACAUAAGGAGAUGCGAGGAGCUUUCUGAGCGCGCGGGUACUUGUCUCCGGUCCAAACAUGACGGUUGACUUUGAGGACUGCAUUAAGGAUUCCCCCCGGUUUAGGGCAAACAUUGAUGAAGUGGAGACGGAGGUCGUGGAAAUAGAGGCUAAACUAGACAAGCUGGUGAAGCUAUGCAGUGGGAUGAUAGAAGCCGGGAAGGUGUACAUCAGCGCCAACAAGCUCUUUGUGAACGGCGUCCGGGAUCUGUCCCAGCAGUGCAAAAAAGAUGAGAUGAUCUCGGAAUUCUUGGAAAAAUGCGGGGAAAGCCUCCAGGAGAUCAUAAACUACCACAUGAUCCUGUUCGAUCAAGCUCAGCGCUCUGUGAAGCAGCAGUUGCACAACUUUGUCAAAGAGGACGUCCGAAAGUUCAAGGAGACGAAGAAGCACUUCGACAGGGUCCGCGAGGAUCUGGAAAUAGCGCAAGUGAAGAACGCCCAGGCGCCCAAGAACAAGCCCCACGAGGUGGAGGAGGCCACCGGCACGCUCGCCAUCACCCGCAAGUGCUUCCGACAUCUUGCUCUGGAUUACGUCUUGCAGAUCAAUGUCCUUCAAGCGAAGAAGAAGUUCGAGAUCCUUGAUGCAAUGUUGUCCUUCAUGCACGCCCAGUACUCGCUGUUCCAGCAGGGCUUCAACCUGCUGCAUGAGAUCGACCCCUACAUGAAGAAACUGGCAGCAGAGCUGGAUCAGCUGGUGAUCGAUUCGGCAAUGGAGAAGAGGGAGAUGGAGCACAAACACGCCACCAUCCAGCAGAGGACCCUCCUGCAGGACUUCUCCUAUGACGACUCAAAGGUGGAGUUCAACGUGGACGCGCCCAAUGGUGUGGUGAUGGAAGGCUAUUUGUUCAAAAGGGCCAGCAACGCUUUCAAGACCUGGAACAGGCGGUGGUUUUCCAUACAGAACAGUCAACUGGUGUAUCAGAAGAAGUUCAAGGACUCCGUCACGGUGGUGGUGGAGGACCUGAGGCUGUGCUCGGUGAAACCCUGGGAGGACAUUGAGAGAAGGUUCUGCUUCGAGGUUGUGUCUCCCUUCAAGAGCUGCAUGCUACAAGCUGAGUCCGAAAAGUUAAGACAAGCGUGGAUUCAGGCGGUCCAAGCUAGCAUUGCAUCAGCAUACAGGGAGAGUCCAGACUCCUGCUACAUCGAGCAUCUGGACAGGACAGCCUCCCCGUCCAUCAGCAGCAUCGAUUCGGCCAGCGAGCCUCGGGAGCGCAGCACCAGAGGAGAGAACAUCCUGCAGCGGAUCCAAUGCGUGCCGGGAAACGAGCAGUGCUGCGACUGCGGGCAGGCCGACCCUCGCUGGGCCUCCAUCAACUUUGGCAUCCUUCUGUGCAUCGAGUGCUCAGGGAUCCACAGGAGUCUUGGAGUUCAUUGUUCAAAGGUGCGUUCACUGACGCUGGACUCAUGGGAACCAGAAUUGUUAAAGUUGAUGUGUGAGCUUGGAAACAGCGUCAUCAACCACAUCUACGAAGGGUCGUGUCAAGAGCAAGGCCUGAAGAAACCGUUUCCUUCCAGUUCAAGGCAAGAGAAAGAGGCCUGGAUCAAGGCAAAGUACGUGGAGAGGAAAUUCCUCAAGAAGCUGGGCUCCACAGCGGUCCUCAUCAACGGAGAGAGGAAGCGGGAGCGGCGGUGGAGCGUGAAGAAGUGUCGCCGGCACAACAGCGCCACGGCUGUGUCCAAAACGCGGCGUCGAUACCAGCAGGAGCACGGCAGCACGUCUCCCUCCACCCUCUCUGCAGCAGCUGCUAAGUUCAGACGAGAGUCGCUGUUUUGUCCAGAUGAGCUGGAUUCUCUCUUUUCCUACUUUGAUACUGGAUCUGGACCUCGAAGUUUGAGCAGUGACAGCGGCUUGGGCGGCAGCACGGACGGCAGCACGGACAUCCUGGUGUCCGGCUCCGUGGUGGGCCGAGUCGCGGAGGAGGAGGAUGAAGUGUCGGAGGACUCGAGCGGCGAGGCCGAACUGGAGGCGGAGUCAGAGACGUGCGACCCGGAGGACACGAGGGAGCUCCAUCCCGGGGAGCUGCUCUACAAAGCCUCCAAGGCUCGGAACCUGCCGCUCAUGGCGGAAGCACUCGCCCACGGGGCGGAUGUUAACGCAGCCAACGACGAGGACGAAGGAAAGACGGCCCUCAUACAGGCCGUGAUCGGGGGUUCACUGGUCGCCUGCGAGUUGCUGCUCCAGAAUGCCGCCGACGUCAACCAAAGAGACGCGAGGGGGCGAGGCCCAUUGCAUCACGCCACGCAUCUGGGACACACGGGACAAGUGUGUUUGUUCCUGAAGAGGGGAGCCACGCAGAACGACGGCGAUGAAGAAGGCCAGGACCCUCUGAGUAUCGCUGUGCAGCAAGCCAACGCCGAUAUCGUCACGCUGUUGCGUCUGGCCAAGAUGAACGAUGAGAUGCGAGAGUCGGAGGGACCCUGCGGACAACCAGGAGACGCCACAUACCUGGACAUCUUCAGGGAAUUCUCCCACAUGGCGUCCCACAACCCAGAGAAGCUGAAACGGAGGAGUCUGCACUUCCGACACUCUUUCAGGUAGUCCAGCAGAGAAUGCCAACCUUCAAGAUUUGACAGAGAGCAGCUUUCCGUUCAGGAGCGGGAAGGAAGCAAACGUUCAGCGGGUUCCAGGACCGCUUUGACCUCGCUGGGAAUUCGAACAGAUGAAUUGAAUCUGAACUGAAGCUUUUAUUUUGAUAGGACUUUUUUUUUUGGUGAGGAUUUGCUGGUCUCUUCCUCUUUGAUGUAUUGAAAAAAGAAAGUUAAAACUUUUUCUAAAGUUUAACUUGAGCACUUGGUUGUUUUUGUGAAACUAUUUUUUUACUUCUUCAUUUUUGAUUCACUGAAGGAAAUUGAUUGAUAUUUUGUGUUUUUAUUUCCUCCCUAAAGCAUAUUUCGUGCAUGCACAUCGGUAUACUCCAUAUUCUACAGUUAAUAAAUUUAAUAUCCUCAAUAACCUCCUGUCAUCUCAAAGUCACAGUGUUACAGUUCAUGCAGAAUUUCUGCAUUGACUAUGCUGGUGUAGUCCUUUGGAGUUUUGGUUUGAAUGUACUUUGCAGCACCACUAUGUAAAAGCAUUGUUUUCUGUGUUUUUAUUUGUUUUUUUUACUUUCCUGUGAACUUGCUUUAGAAGCAGAAUCGUUAAUAUAUGUGAAUCCGCAGGAGCAAAGCUGACAGAAGAGCAAAUAAAAGCUGUUAUAACGGAG